AACAAACAAAAACAGAAAAGUUCAUUCAGUUGCAACAGUCCCUCUACCAUUUGCUCACAUUCACUUAAUUAUUAUCGCGCUCUCUCUCUCUCUCUCUCUCUCUCUUGUUUGUUCAACUGCUAAUUCUUUGCCUCUGUAUUUUCUUCGUUCAGGAUCCUAACAAAGUGAUCAGGGAGUGAUCUUAGAGGCCUAUACAGCAACUUUGUGGUUUCAAGAAUCAACUGUAGCUGAACAAUUAUGACAUGGUUGUGGUUCGGCAACAUUUUUAGCUUCGUGUGAUGAUAUUGCAUAUUAGCAGGACAAAACCAUAUGAUGGCUACUGCUGCAGUUAUCGGACUUAGUGCAGGGAAGAGGCUCUUGAGUUCCUCCUUCUAUUAUUCUGAUCUCACAGAAAGGCUGUCCUGUGGAAACAACGAUCAUGUAUCGGCACACCAUCAAUAUGCUUCAACGAAGAAUUUGAUCAGUGCAAAGAAGUCAUCUGAUUGUAGCCCCAGUUUUCUUUCCAAUCGACGCACACAGUCCAUCAAGGCUCUUAAAGAGAAUGUGGAUACUGCUUCUGAUCCUUCGACUGUAGAGGCAUGGCUUCAGAGAUCCAACCACAUGGAGGAGGAAAGCUCUGAUCCAGAUUUUUCAGUGGAGGCUCUCCUCUUAUUGCAGAAGUCUAUACUGGAAAAGCAAUGGAAUCUUUCAACUAAGACAGUAAUUACCAAUAAACCAAGAGAAAAAAUUCGCAAGAAGAUGCAGGUCACUUGUUCAGGGGUAUCUGCAAGGCGACGGAGAAUGGACACUAGGGGGAAAAUUCUGAGCCAAAACAGUACUGCAAUGCAGUUUAGUACAAGUAAGCAUCUGAGAUCCAUUAUCAGUUCAGAGCAUCUUCAGGAUCGUUUGAAAGGUUAUGUGAAGGGUGUAAUAAGUGAAAAGUUACUCACCCAAGCAGAAGUUGUGCAACUGUCAAAAAUAAUUAAAACUGGGCUGUGCUUUGAGGAGCAAAAAUCAAGACUGAAGGAAAGGUUAGGAUGCGAACCAUCAGAGGAUCAACUUGCGACUUCAUUGAGGAUUUCUCGUACUGAGUUGCAGUUGAAACAAAUUGAGUGUUCUUUAGCAAGAGAAAAACUGGCAAUGAGCAAUGUUCGCCUGGUCAUGUCCAUUGCACAAAGAUAUGAUAACAUGGGUGCCGAAAUGGCUGACCUUAUCCAGGGUGGUCUGAUUGGACUACUCCGGGGGAUUGAGAAAUUUGAUUCUUCAAAGGGGUUCAAAAUUUCAACUUAUGUGUAUUGGUGGAUACGUCAGGAUCUCAAGACGAAGAAGAUGAUUGGUACGGGAUAUGAAGCUGGUGGCUUAUGUUACUUUGAUGUGGCACCUUAUCUUGUGGCUCUUCAGUCUUCUCUGUCUCCAUUCCAGUGGCACUGUCGUCUUGGUCACCCGUCACUUCAAGUUUUGCAGCGUCAAGUUCCUAGUCUUAGUAAUUUGAAAUUCUUGUCAUGUGAAGUUUGUCAACUUAGUAAGCACCAUCACGUGUCUUUCAAGUCUAGGGUUAAUAAUCGUGUCUCUAGUCCUUUUCACUUGGUUCAUUUAGAUGUAUGGGGUCCAAUAAAACAUUCUUCAAUCAAUAAAUUUCAUUAUUUUGUGACAUUUGUGGAUGAUUAUUCUCGCCUGACUUGGUUGUUUAUGAUGAAAGAUCGUUCUGAGUUACUUUUAAUUUUUCAAAAAUUUCGAAAAGAAAUCAAAACUCAGUUUGGCUGUCCAAUUCGUAUUUUACGUUCUGAUAAUGCUAAGGAAUAUUCUUCAACACCCUUUGAUACAUAUCUUAGUGAUAAAGGAAUUCUUCAUCAAAAUUCAUUUGUUUAUACUCCUCAACAAAAUGGAGUUGCGGAACGUAAGAAUCGAUAUCUCUUAGAAGUAACCCGUGCUCUUUUGUUUCAUAUACGCUUGCCUAAACGGUUUUGGGGUGAUGCUGUUCUUACUGCUUGUCAUCUAAUUAACCGUAUGCCGUCAUCUGUAUUAGAUGGCAAAUCUCUACAUUUGUAGGAGGAAAUCUUGUUACCUGGCGAAGUAAAAAGCAAACGGUGGUAGCUCGAUCUAGUGCUGAAGCUGAGUAUAGGGCAAUGGCCCAUACUACUAGUGAGUUGACCUGGAUACAACAUUUUCUAAAAGAACUUGGGUUGACAGUUGAAGCUCCUACUCCAUUGUUCUGUGAUAAUCAAGCAGCAAUUCACAUUGCCUCAAAUCCUGUGUUUCAUGAGAGGACUAAACAUAUUGAAGUUGAUUGUCACUUCAUUUGAGAAAAGAUAUUGCGUGGGAGCAUCUCUACUCCAUUCGUGAAGUCUGAAGAUCAAUUAGCUGAUAUGUUUACCAAAGCAUUGGGUCAUAACCGAUUAAGAACUAUCUGUUCCAAGCUGGGAUUAUUUGAUAUAUAUUCUCCAGCUUGAGGGGGAGUGUUUGAAUGUUAUAUAUAUAUAUAUAUGUUGGGCCAUUAUGUAAUUACAUUAUGUUAGUAGGGCCCUUGUGUUAUUAAGGUAACUUGUAUCCCUUAUAUAAGCCUAUUUAGGCUUAUUAGGUUUCUAUGUGUGUGUAAGUGAUAUAGAACAAGUCCUUUUUCUCCUCCUCUCUGUCUCUCAUGAUAAACAACAAGAUACAUGAGAAUUCAAUAUACAACAUCCAUGUGAGCUUUACUAAGUCCAUGCAUAAACUGACUCACCACGCUAACCCCAUAGGCAAUGUCUGGGCAUGUAUGAGAUAAGUAGAUUAGUUUCCCAAGUAGCCUUUGGUACCAUUCCUUAUUUGUGGGAACUUGAUUAGGAUAUUCCCCCAACUUGUGGUUUUGCUCAAUUGGAGUAUAUUCUGGUUUGCAAGCUAGCAUCAGCUAGAUGUAAACAAUGCUUUCCUUCAUGGUGACUUGGAGGAAGAGGUGUAUAUGACUAUGCCACCAGAGUUUAAGCUUGCCAAUGGUCAGAAUUUAAUGUGCAAGCUAAAUAAAGCCUUGUAUGGGUUAAAGCAGUCGCCACAUGCUUAGUUUGAGAGGUUCAGCACUGUUGUGAAAAGAGUAGGGUACACACAGAGUCAGGCAGAUUAUACUCUCUUCAUUAAGAAGCACCAGGGCUGCACCACUGCCUUUAUUGUAUAUGUUGAUGAUAUUGUUAUCAUUGGAAAUGAUACAGAAGAGAUUCGUCAAAUGAUGUCAUUCUUGGGGAUAGAGUUCGAGAUUAAGACCUCGGAUCAUUGAGAUACUUUCUUGGCAUCAAGGUGUGCAGAUCGAAGAAAGCGGUGUUCAUUUCUCAACGGAAGUAUGUGUUAGAUUUGUUGUCUGAAACAGGCAGGCUUGGAGCUAGACCUAUUGAUAUUCCCAUUGAGCAGAACCAUAUGUUUAAUGAUAUAGAUGGAGACCCAUUAGAUGAUGUGGGAAGAUUUCAACGAUUGGUUGGGAGACUGAUUUACUUAUCUCUUACACGCUCGGAUAUUGCUUACGCUAUUAAUGUGAUUAGUCAGUUUAUGCAUGCUCCACGUACACCUCACCUUGAGGCAGCUCAUUAUGUUUUUCGCUACCUCGAGAGUUGACCUGGUAAGGGGAUAUUGUUUGACAGUCAUGGCCACUUGUGUGUUGAAGCCUAUACUGAUGCUGAUUGGGCAGAUGACAGAUCGACAAUCUACUUCAGGAUAUUGCACGUUUGUUGGAGGUAAUCUUGUUUCAUGGCGAAGCAAGAAACAGUCUAUAGUAGCUAGAUCUAGUGUAGAGGCUGAGUUCAGAUUCAUGGCACAUGAAGUUUGUGAGUUGCUAUGGUUACGUACGAUGUUGGGUGAGUUGGGUUAUCCUGUUCGUGAGUCAAUGAAGUUGUAUUGUGACAACAAGGCUGCUAUUAGCAUUGCCCACAAUCCAGUUCAACGUGACAGAUUAAAGCACAUGAAGUCGAUCGACACUUCAUCAAGGAAAAGCUUCGUCUUGGGCUAAUUUGUACUCCAUACGUCAACACACAUGAUCAGUUUGACUAAGGAUGUGAGCAAGACAUGCUUGCAAAAUAUGCUAGUUAAGCUGGGCAUGAUAGAUAUCUUUGCAUCAGCUUGAGAGGGAGAGGGAGUGUUGUCAGGGGCUUAUUUGUAAUUAUUUAUAUAAUGUUGGGGCUGAUGUGUAAUUUUUGAAACUUGUUAUUAUAAAUAAAAUGUGGUGGAAGGAUGCAAGUAUUCUUUCAUUCUUUCUCUUUCCCCAUCUCUCUCUCUCUCUCUCUCUCUUAUCCGAAUUCUUCUCUUUUUUUUUCUUCUUUAUCACUUACUCUUGAUUUGAUUAUAUCUUAAAGUCAAAAGAGUGGAUAUAAGAUCAGAAGACAAAUUAUGACCCGACGAUGAAAAGAAAGCAGACGACUCAAAAAAAGUAGCAUCAGCCCUCACAAAGUAUUGACGACAUUCGGGACAGUAGCAACGAUACAUCUUCUGAGUAUAGGAGUACCCAAGAAAAACGCACUUACUAGCACGAGGAGAUAGUUUGUCAUAACCAGGAUCAAAGAUAUGAACAAAGGCUACACAACCAAAGGCACGAGGAGUGAGGUGGAAAGGAGAGAGAUCAGGAUAUAAAAGAGAAAAGGGAGACUGAUUAUACAUAACAACAGGGGGCAUAUGGUUAAUAAGAUAACAAGCAGUAAGAACUGCAUCAGCCGAAAAUUGUUUUGGCACCUUUAUAUUGAAUAACAAGGUACGAGUAACAUCCAACAGAUGGCGGUGUUUUCGUUCAGCAACACCAUUUUGUUGAGAAGUGUGAGCACAAUUAGUCUGAUGUAUGAUACCCCCAGUCAACACAAAAUGAAUUCAUGGUAGAUUGUAUAUACUCGAAGGCAUUAUCAGAUCGAAUAACUUUAAUGCGUUUACCAAACUGGGUAAAUCAUUAUAGAAUUUAACAAUAAUAUGAGGUAACUCAGUUCUUACUUUCAUAAAAAAUAACCAUGUCAUGCGAGAAUAGUCAUUAACAAAUAUAACAAAAUAACGAAAUCCAUUCAAACUAGCGGUUCGAGAAGGUCCCCAAAUGUCCGUAUGGACUACAUUAAAAGACUCAAUCUGAUGACUAUGACUACUGCUCGGAAAAGAACUACGGUAAUGCUUGCCCAACUAACAAGCUUCACAGUCUAAGAUAGACAUAGGACUCAAUGUAGGAAUAGCUAAUCAUAACUUUGCCAAAGAUGGGUGACCUAAACGAAAAUGCCAUUGAAGAGGCGAAACUGUAGCACUCAAAGCUGAUGACAAGGCAGAAGGAGGUUCAGAAUCCAUAGAAUAUAGACCAUCCUUCUCAUGACCCGAACCAAUCAUCUUCUUUGUCCUGAGGUCCAUUAAAACACAUGAAUUGGGAGAAAAGGUUCUAGAACAUUGCAAUGUCUUACUCAUUUGACUUAUAGAAAUCAGAUUAAAAGGAAAAUUAGGAACAUAAAGACUGGAAGACAAUGACAACGACUUGGUAGGGUGAAGGACAGCUUUCCCACAUACAGGACGAGAAGAAUCAUCAGCUAAAACAAUACGAUGUUUAAAAGAUUCGAAAUCAAAAAAGAGAGAUGAUUUGCCAGACCUAUGGGAACUAUAUCCAGAGUCAAUGACCCAGGACGGAGAAGAUUGGGCCACACAUGCAAUAUUACCUGAGUUUGCUAAAGUAGCAAUUGAUGUGGAUGGGAUAGUAGAUUGCAAUGUCUGAAGGAGCUUACUAAGCUGAGUAGUGAGUGUAUCAUGGGAGCCAGAAUCAGGAGCCACAUGUCCAGAUGUAGUAUGAGGCUGUAGUGGCUGUAUGUUACCAUCUAUAACCUGGUUUGCAUGCUUUGGUUUGCCAUAUUUCACCCAACAAUAAGGCUUGGUGUGAUUUGUACCACCACAAUGAUCACACUUCCUAUCACCACGUCCACUAGAACGGCCACCACUAUGGUAACCACCAUAAGAACCACGACCAGUGACCACUAUGGCUACCAUGAGAACCACCACGAGUACUAGCACGGCCUCCAAAGCUAGAGUCUGAUGCAGAGGACUCUGCAGGACUUACAGUGGAACUUUAUCCUAAGAUGAUCUCAAUAAACAAUAAGAAGCAUUAGCAGCUGUAGUCAACUUCUCGCUAGCAAGUAUCUAAUCUUUGAAGCCACGAAGAUCUAUGUCUAAACCAAAUAGCAAAGAAGCAAUCAUAAACUCCUCCCAAUGCCAAUUUUGCUGCUCUAAAUCAGUAGUAAAUGGUCGAUGUUGCAGCAACUGAUCCCACAAAUUUUUCGAGGUACUAUAGUAUUCUAACAAUGGUUUUCCGGACUGCUUAGUAGCAAAAAUUUUCUCGUACAACUCAAAAACACGAGAAACAUUACUUUGGUGAGAAAAAGAUUCUGCAUGCAAUAGAGUCCCAAAUCUUCUUAGAGGAAUCACAAAAUGCAACUGUACUAGCAACAUCGGGUUCCAUACUGUGCCAUAGCCAUCCCAUAACAACACUGUUAGCAUAUAUGAUACCACGAUUUAUGGUAUGACUUACCAUAAUAGCACAAUUUAGUUUCCUUUCUCGUAAUAUGAGCAUGUGCUCAUUUUAUUUAUAAAUACUAGAGCUGUGAAUGAGUAAUUCAUAUCAUUCAAGCCUUUACACAAUUCUCUCCUUCUUCUUUUUAUAUUUCUACUUGGUAUCAGAGCUAGGUUGGUCCGACUACAAUGAGGGCAUUGCGAGUUUCCUUGGGUCCAAUCUUCAAUGUUCUUCUCGUCAGAGGGAGGAUUUUCAGUCUUGAAUUUCCUUCGCCCAUGCAAAAAAACUUGAACAGCGUGAGCCCAAGAAAGAUAAUUAACUCCAUUCAAUUUUUGCGAGGUGAUUGACUAGGCAUAUCAUCAUCCUUGAAGGAUACUGGUUUGUUUUCAGCCAUGAUAAGGAUUCAAACCAGAACCAAAAAACAGCAAAAAGAAACAGAAUAUAAUUCUGUUUUCAGGACUUUGAGGCUGAAACACAAAUAAGAAACUUGUAGUACAAUAUUCAGAGGAACAAAUUGUAUUUAAAAUGCAGCACUUGAAGGCCCAAACAUCCAGAAAAUAUUUCCAAAGCAAGAGAACGGCAGAACCAAUUUCAUAGGCUGAAGAAUACCAAGAAACCUGACUGGCUGACCCCCCUUUGAGCCAAAAAAAUAUAAUCCAAAUGCAACAAACAGUUCAACAAACAGCAAUCAGCCUUGUUUCUAGGGUAGACGCACCAUAUAGUGUGAAUUCCAAUAAAAAAAAACAACCAAAAGUGCCCCAAAAUCCAGAUCGAAAUUUUUUUGGCCACAAGACAGGAAAAGAUUCGAAAAAUGAAAAGGCCAAUCAAAUGGCUUCAAAAACUUCUGAAAAAAUCACCAUAAUUACCAGAAAAGCGAGACGAUCAAGACCAUAUGAUUUCCGAAAAUUUCCAGCCUCCAGAUGCUGACAUCAGCAUGGCGUCAGACUGAUGUCAGCAUGGCGUCAGUGUGAAAAAACUGAUGUCAACUCUGUUCUCUCACUCCUGAUGCUCUGUACACUGUGUGAAUGAAUUCUGGUUGAAUUAGAGGCUCUGAUACCAAGUUAGAGUGGAAGGAUCGUAUGAUUGUAAGAAAAAAAGGAAGAAGAGGAAGAAAGGAGAAAGAGAAAAUCUGUAAAGGUUUUAGAGCCAUAGAGUUUCCCGCAUCUCUCACCUAUUCAUAUAUAUUGAUAAUAGGAAAGUACAAUAGUACCCUUAAUGAAAGAAAAUAAAUAACUCAAACUCUCCAACAAUUAUAUUAUAUACCCAUAGAGGCUUGGUGAACAUUAGUUAAUGUAGGACUUAAGUGGCUAACACGGUUGUUUAACAACAUCCUAAAACAAGGCAUAAUGCACCAACGGGCAGUGGCCUAGCUGUAUCAGCCUCUUACUUCCCAAAGGGAGGUUAGGAGUUCAAGUCUCAAAAGAGACAAGUGUGUGUGAGUACCAACGAGAAAAAAAAAAAAAAAAGGCAUAAUGCCAAAUGAGCAGAGGGAAAGUACAAUUAUUCCAAUUUACAAAAAUAAAAGGGACAUAAAAUUGUGGCAACUAUAGAGGAAAUAAAUUAAUGAAUCAUACGUUGAAAAUAUGGGAAAGAAUAAUAGAAUAAUGACUAAGGAAGGAAUCCACGGUAUCCGGUAAUCAAUUUGGAUUCAUGCUGGGAAGACCAACCAUCGAAGCUAUAUACUUACUUAGAGAAUUAGUUGAUGAAGGUAGGAGUAAGCAACAAUAGGUAUAAUUUUCUAUAGACUUAGAAAAGGCAUACGAUAGGGUCCCAAGAGAUAUAAUUUGGUGGGCUCUACAAAGAGAACAAUUUCCCUUACAAAUCAUAAAAAGUAUCCAAGAUAUGUUUAUAAACACAAACUAAAGUUCGUACCACGUGUAGGCAAACUAGUGAGUUCUCCAUAAAUGUAGGAUUGCGCUAAGGCUCGGUGCUAAGUCCAUAUCUAUUUGCAAUAAUCUUAGAUGAAAUAACAAAAGACUUCCAAAAAGAGAUUCCAUGGUGCAUGAUGUUUGCCGAUGAUAUCGUGCUAUUAGAUAUCUUUAAGGAGAACUUAGCAAUAAAACUAGCAUUGUGGCGAAAUGCAUUAGAAUCGAAAGGGUUGGGAAUUAGUUGAACGAAAACCAAGUACACGGAUUGUAAAUCUAAAGAGGACUCUUAUAUUGAUGACACUUUAAAACCAAACGAUUACACAAAAUAACCACUUUUGAUGUUUAGGAUCAAUGAUACAAAAGGAUAGAGAAAUAGAUGGUGAUAUAACCAGUAGAAUUGGAGCGGGGUGGACAAAAUGGAGACAAGCUAGUGGCAUCUUAGGUGAUAAAAGGAUAACACAUAGGCUAAAAGGAAAAUUGUAUAGGACCCUUAUUAGCCAACUAUGUUAUAUGGAGAGUAUUUUUUUUUUU